CCAUCUACUUCAACAGAAGGACAAAGUACUUCAGAAUUAUCUUCAUCAACUUUUACAACAGCUACAUCCCUAAUGCCCACAUCCACAUUACCUACAAGUGAAAUUGGAUCAACAUUGCAAACUACUGUGUACACAACAGGUACCUCUCCAUCUACUUCAACAGAAGGACAAAGUACUUCAGAAUUAUCUUCAUCAAUGGACAAAGUACCUCAGAAUUAA